UACAAUUGAAAACAUGAUUGAAACAAACUCGCAUCUCCAUCUCCAUCUCCAUCUCCAUCUCCUGCGUCGAUAUCUCACUCAGCCACAGACUCACACAGUUUUCAAUUCCUUAUUAUCUCUUUCUCAAUCUCUCUUCACUGUCGAACUGCCGUUUGUUACCGCCGCAAUAAAUCGGUCGUCGCCGGCCACAAUCAGUCACUUCUCAUUCUUCCAGCUUCUCUCUGCAUACCUCACACAUCCACCAUCCGCAUCGCCCCAGCCCCGAGGAGUCAAGUUAGCUGUGAUUCCCUGUUAUAUAGAGCUCGAUAGCUUGUGUGGCUCUAGUUUCUUUGAAAAACACAGAGAUAGAUUGCAUGCUCCAUUAUUGAAGGCAGUUGUUGAUGUGGCUUCCCUCUGCACACUUCGGAUGGACAAUAUAGUGGAUUCCUUGACUACUGCCCAUCAAGAGUUCAUUUCUGCAGCAGCUAGUACAUUGGAAGCAAAGGAGAACUCAGGUGGUCAAAAAACUCCUGCCACUGAUGCUGCACUAGAGAAUUUCAAGCAACGUUGGGAGCUUUUCCGAGUUGCUUGUGAUCAAGCUGAAGAAUUUGUGGAAUCCGUAAAGCAAAGAAUUGGGUCUGAGUGUCUUGUGGAUGAGGCUACUGGCUCUGUUGCUCCUAAACCUGGCCAGCCUGCUCCAAGUGGUCUUCCACCGAUCAGUGCUGUUCGCUUGGAGCAAAUGAGUAAAGCUGUUAGAUGGCUGGUGAUUGGACUGCAACAAGGGUCUGGGGCUGGAGGUGGCAUGUCGCAUCCUAACUCCGCCGCUCCUUUUGAUGCUAGAUUUACCGAAGAUCCUGCUCAAUAGGUGAAACCAACCUCUGGUGCAAGAUUAUUCUUCUUAGCCUUUUCAAAAGAAUUCAGCGUAGGAAGAUAGGCAUUUAUGCCCCUGAUGUUAUCCAAUCAGGAUGAAGGUUCCAGUCUCCAGUCUGUGUAAUUAGGCAAAAUUGGCAGCCACGGCUAUACUGUGAUAUCUGAAAAUGAUGAAGAAUGAAACAGACGGUCUCAAUGAUACUUGUGGCUUACUAUGUGUUAUAUGGGGAAGCAUUGAAACUUAGAUAUUGUACUGUUGUUUCACUUUUCUUGAGACAGAGCAACACCAUUACCAAAAGAGGAUGCAUGUGAUUCUGAUUUUGAUACAACACUGUUUUUGAAGCCAUAUGUGUGAUAUGUGAAGUAAUUUGGCUGA